AUGUUUGCUUCCACGUCAAACCAAACGAUGAUGAUUCGCGCCAACAAGACGGCUGCUCGAUCAUCAUCAUCAUCGUCCAGCAGUCGGAUUCAAAAUAAAGUAACGUUUAGAAAAAGACAACAACUUAGCAAGAACAACGCAACGUCAUCAGAGUUUAGCAGUCGCGUUAUCGAUUCGUCUUUUCAUUUAAAACGCGAGAAAGAAGCUUCGGUGGCGGCGACGACGACGACGACGACGAAAGCGUCCAACAACAACAACAACAAGAGACAAAAUGUCAUCGCCAAAGCGGGCGGUGGCUCGAUCGCUGAAGAUACUUCUGGUAUUCCAGAAUCCGAAAGAUUCGACAUGAGCGAAGGUACGAACAAGAAAAGAUGGGGCAUGGUGUUCGCUUUGUUCGUCGCGUUCGUGUUGUGCAACUUGGAUAAGGUCAACAUGUCCGUCGCUAUCGUCCCGAUGGCAAAAUCUUUCGGCUGGACGGCUACCCAAAAAGGUCUCGUCGCCUCCGCGUUCUUUUGGGGCUACGCGUUCACUCAAAUUCCGGGUGGAUGGCUCUCAUCCAAGUAUGGCGGUAAAGCCGUCUUGUUCUAUGGCGUCAUUUUGUGGUCUCUUGGUACGUUGAUUGCCCCGUGGUGCGCCACGUUAGGGAUGGCUCCUUUGCUCGCGUCCAGGUUUCUCGUCGGUUUGGGCGAAGGCGUCGCGCCGUCCGCCGCGACUGGCAUCUUGGCGAAGACCAUCCCGCCGUCGCAGCGCUCUAAAGCCGUAACUGCUACCUUCGGUGGUUUGGACGUUGGAUCUUUACUUGGUUUGCUCAUUGCGCCGCCGAUCAUUUUGUUCCUCGGCGGCUGGCAAGCGGUUUUCUACCUCUUCGGCUUUCUCGGCUUCGCCUGGGGUGCCUGGUGGUGGCUUGGCUUCGCCAACGACAAAUCCGUCGAUAUGAAGGAAACAGCGGCAGAAACCGCGAAGGCUGCCGGUGGAUUGAACAUCCCAUGGGGUAAGUUUGCUAAAUCCAAAGAGUUUUGGGCUUUGAUGGUUGCGCACUUCACGUGGAACUACUUCUCCUACGGUUUGUUGGCCUGGUUACCGAGUUUCCUUUCCUCCGCGCUGAACGUUUCCCUCGCGAAAUCGUCCUUCCUUAGUAUCUUGCCGUACCUUUCUACCGUUGCGGUCACGACUUUGGUUGCCCCGAUCACGGACUCCUUGGAAAACAAAAAUGGUUUUUCCAGAACGGACGUGCGUAAGUUGUCGCAAACGCUUUGCUUUGGCGGUGGUGCGGUUGCGUUGUCCACCGUCGGUUUCAUCGUUUCCAAAACUCCGGCCGCAGCUGUAACGAACACGACUAUUGUUAUGGUUAUGUCUGCUCUCGCCUUCUGCUUUGGUAUGGGCGCCUGGGUCAGAACCGGUUUGUUCUGCGGCCACCAAGAUUUGAGCCCGAAGUAUGCCUCGAUUAUGUUGGGCGUUACUAACACUGCCGCUGCUAUUGGCUCCUUGUUGUCCACCUUUUUCAUUGGAUACUUCAUGGAACUCACCAACGGUUCCUGGGCUUGGUCGCUCUUCUACCCGAUUGCGAUUUUACAAGUUGCAUCGGCCUUGAUCUUCUCGGCGUUGUGGAAGUCUACUCCGAUUGAUUUUGAUGCGUAA